GAAAAGUUUACAUGGAAAGUAAAGAUAUUGCGCAUAAAUAUUUGGAACUCGAAAUGAAUGUAGAAAAAACAGUUUUGGCAGAUGCAAACGAAAGAAACAGCACACUAUCACCCCCCUCUCCCAAUAAAGAACUUGAAUGAAAAGAAGAUGAAACCGACAAGUUUAUUAAAGAGCUCGACUACAUUAUGGAUUGUAUAGAGAAAAAUCAAAAACUUUUUCUGAAUCUCAUUCCACCAAAUAGGUGUUUCGUCAGCGAGCCUUUAACCAAAGUACACAUCGUCACUUUGUCAUACAUAAGAGAGGACAUAAAAUCCUACCGAACAACAGGAAAGGAGUGCAACGAUCCGUACAUGCGUCUUGCUAUUUCAAUAGCAGCCAAAGCGGUUAUUUUUCCAAAGGAUGUUAAAAUGUUACAUUUAAGCGACUUCUUUAAACAAGACUUGCCAAUAUGGUCAGGAUCGCCCGGUCUACCAUGGACACAGAUGGGCUACAAAACAAAAGGAAGCAUAAGAGAUGAUAUUAAUGCAGUUAAUCGCUUUAGGCUAUUCUGGCACCAAAUUAAACUCGAUAAGCCAAUGCCAAAACUCGAUUGUUUGGAAUUUGUCCCUGCACAAUUGGUUCAAGAAGGUGAAGUUAAAAGCGCAAGCCGUUUGGUGUUAUCCAGCCACCAUGGUCUUCGGUGAAGGCGCAUUUGUCCUUCCACUUAUCCGAGAGUAUAUAAAAGGAAACUAUCCAAUCGCUUAUGGUCGCGAAAUGGGAAAGGAAGGCAGUAUGGCAAUUAUCCAGCAGAUUAAAGGAAACUUCUUCCUAAGCACCGCCUUUAAAUGUUUUGUAACAUCAAUUUCGUCUAUUGCGAGGGUUAUGGCGUAGCUGAUGCCCGGGCAGUAUGUAGAAUGUGGGAUUACAUCGUCAAGUACUCCAUCAACACACCAAUCAGAAUGUGCAAUGGAGAGAGAUCUAUUAAAUCGGGUGGUAUAGCUAGCGGUAACUAUUUUACACAACUGAUUGGCAGCAUUGUUAAUUACAUUCUCAUGACUUACGUCUCUUUGGUUCUUAAAAAUACUAUGCAAUCAAUUUUAGUACUUGGAGAGGAUUCACUGUGUGGCUUUGAGAAGCCCAUCGAUCUUCAUGACGUCGGCCUGGUUUUGGAACCGCUAGGUAUGACAGUGAACGUUGAAAAGUCAGGCGCAACAAGUACGUCUCAGAUUUAAGCUUUCUUGGAUAUCAACUGAAAGGUCUGCGGUCUAAGCCCGUUAACUGACAUUUUUUUCGAACUUGAUUUUUUGUAUUUCUGGAACAUUUUUGAUGUGCAGUUAAUAUCCCACAAACGAUUGGGAAAAAUGUAUUCUAGUUGUUUUUAAUGGAUUUUCGAAAAUCGCGAUUCGAUAUCUACAGCUUAGGUCCGCGGUCAUAUAACAGUCAAUUUUGAUUUAAAUGUUAUAACACUAACGUGUAUUACUUUUCUCUAGUAAAUGAAAAAAAUACAAGUUACGGGUUAGAAAAAUAUUUAAAAUUGCAAAAGUAACAAUUUUCCUUCGCCGUGUAAAAUUUCUGAAAUGUCAGUUAACAGGUUUAGACCGCAGACCCUUCAACUUAAACUUGGAGGUGGCUUCCCUAUCGUAAUCGAGAAAAGAAGCCUAUUAAAAAAUGGCGAGACAUUUGUUCGAAGUUUAAAGUUUUUGUACAAGAUAAAAAAUAAAAUUAAAAAAAAAAAAUAUUGUUAAAAGCAUAAACCAAAAAGAAAGAAGAGAAAAUGGAAAAGAGACAAUGAAACCACCUCGCUUUUUUUUGUUCAUUGUUUAUCCGUCUUUUUUAUUCUAUACCAGGAUCCAACAUGUAUCGAGGUCAUGUAGGUUUCCUCAUCAGGGAAAUUUUUAUGUUAAACCAAUAGGGAAUAUUUGUAUAUUAU